AUGAAGCUCUCGAAUCUUCCAAAGGACAUAGAAGAGGAGAUACUCUCUAGGGUUCCGAUCAAAUCUCUGAGACUCUUACGAUCUGCAGGCAAACUUUGGUACCAUCACCCUCUAUUCAAAGAUCCGAGAUUCAUCAGAAGGCACUCUAAUAGAGCACCACCAAGGAAGUAUCAUGAAGCCAUCGUGCUGCAUGAUUUCAGGGUCCAAACCAUGAACUCCUACGUCGAUCGUCAAAACCCGGUUUCUGAGUUAUCUCUAAUCGAUCCCGUCACUAAUCGGAAAGUCGAAAUAGCUCACGCUUUCCACUGCGACGGCUUAUUGCUAUGCACCGCCACCAAGGACGAGAGAUUCGUGGCUUGGGACCCGUUUUCGGGGAAAACCAGAUGGAUCCAGCCGCCGAAUCAUCGCUCUUGGUUACGAUGGAUCAUGCCGAGCACGAGAAGCUGCAAAAUCUACGCUCUUGGCUACGAUAACAAGGAGUUGUGCCAUAGCUACAAGAUCUUGAGGGUGAUGGAGGAUCAGACGAUGGAGAUUUACGAGUUCAAGUCCGACUCAUGGAGGAAGCUUGAUGGCGUCUCUCCCUGUGGAAGCUUUGAUUCUCUCGGCGUGUCUUUGAAAGGGAAUGCUUAUUGGAUCUCGAGAAGAGGAGGAGGAGGAGCGGAAGAGUACUCGCUGCUCGAGUUUGAUUUCUCAACCGAGAGGUUUCAGAAUCUGUAUCUUCCCUUCCACGAAGCGGAGUGUUUGGGUCCUUACGUUCUCGAAGAAGGUUUGAACAAUCUGGCUCUCUCGGUUGUUGGAGAAGAUCGUCUCUGUUUGUUCUAUGAGAGUGCAGAGAAAUCAAAGACGGAGAUAUGGAUGAGUACUGAGAUUGGUGAGAUUGGUGAGAUUGGUGAGACGGCGUCGUCUGUGUCUUGGUCCAAGUACUUGACAGUGAGUGCGACGCCUUUUUUCACGAGGCACGCGAGUUUCUUUGUGGACGAUGAGAUGAAACUUGCCACUUGCUUUUAUAAUCACGAACGGCACAGACAAUGUCUUUCCAAGGUGAGAGUUUUUGGAGAUGUUGCAGCGAAGAAACAGUUUCUUAUGGAAGAUGGUACCAAGUAUUUCGGUUGGCGUCCUCCCACAGCAUGUGGGCCAAUUGUGUUUGGAUAUCUUCCAUGCUUGGAUUGA